GUCCACCGUCGGCCUUUCCACUGCGCCCCUACCCAGCAGCGGGGAUUACUAUAAGGUCUUUGCUGCACGCAAUUUCCGUAUUCGGUAUGCCCGAUUGCUCACACCCGAAGGCCCUGCCGUUUCUAUGUUUUACAAACCCCUGUAUAGGUAGAUCUCCAGGCGUGAUUCACGCGACUAUGAUACCAACCGGGGGGCUUAAUCGUAGAUCACGAAUCAUGAUUAUCCGGUACGUUUCUUUACAUGUGUAUAGAUUUUCGUGCCAAACGGAACACUUUUUUACAUUGUGGUCGUACAAGUAUAAAUGGAUUUUUCACCGAUCGAACGAACUAUACGUAUUAUACUGAUUCGAGAAAACGUUCUCCGUGAAUUCUGUGAUGGAAUGUUUCUUAUGCUAGUCCAAACAUAGUUCUCGAUUAUACAUGGCGCAUAAAUUGGUAGCCGAUAGACGAUCCGAUCUCGGGAUGCUUGGUACCGCUCAGAUUAAGUUUGAGGGCCUUGCUCCAUUGCGAGAUGGAUGAAAAAUGAAUACCCAAUAUCUUGUUCGAAAAUCUGCAGUGUGGCUUGAAUCAGAAUAUGAGUACACGUGACGCAAUGGAUGCAGAACUGCUGCAGUUAAUUUGACAAUUAAAUUUAUUAAUGGCAUAGCUAAUGCGUUGAUGUUUACCUCCAUAGGCUGAAGUAUAUAAUUUGACACUGCGGUAUUACAGCAAAAUAUGUUAAUAGUGCGUAUGAAGAGGAACACCGCAACAAGUUCAUACGUGAAUGCUAGUUCUAGUACCUGCGUUGUACGAAAAAGGUACGAAGAAUCACUAUAAACCGCGAUAACUGGACCAUGCUACCACACUGGAAACUACAGAUAUGGUUCAAGGAUUAAGAUGUUCGUAUCGUUGGCAUGAACUAACAUCUUGGAAAUAUGGCAAACUAACGAAGAAUAUGUAAUUCGUGAGGUGAAUGCUCAUCGUCAGGUCAAACAGCCAACAUAAACUAACAGUUCUUCAAGCUGCUUCGUCAUGAUGCAUUUGGGACAUACGAUUCAAGACUCUCGUGCCAAGUACCCGGAACUCACCGAUGAGGUCUUGGAUGAUCUGCAAAAGUGGACGGAAGCCAGAGGCAUCCCGGGUGUUCCUGUCGAACAAUUGGCUCUGUUCACCCAUAGCUGCUAUUACGACAGGGAAGCCACCCUUCGCUGCAUGAGUGUUUACUACAGGAUGAGGGCGACAAUUCCCGAGUUUUUUGCCAACCGUGAUCCCAAGAUGGAAUGUCUGCAGCAUUCAUUGCGAGCACUACAAUUUGUCGGCCUUCCGGUACCAGAUCCACAGGGAAACAGGAUAAUUUUUCAUCGACUGGCGGACUCUCGACCCAGCCAGUACAUAUUCAAUGAUGGAAUAAAGCUCCUGACAAUGGCAGUUGAUGCUAGUCUAUACUCGGAUGGCUGUUCACCGGGAUACAUAUUUUUAUUUGACAUGCAAGGAGUCAGAUUGGGCCACUUGACCAGACUUUCGGUGUCCAGUAUUCGAAAAUUCUUCGAGUAUAUACAAGAGGGACUUCCGGUUAGACUGAAGGGAAUUCACGUUUUGAACGCUGUCUGGUUUAUGGAUAAGGUCCUUUCGCUGAUCAGGCCGUUCAUGAAGCGAGAAUUGUUUGAUAUGCUUCAUCUUUACACUGGAGACGUUUCUGAAGUAUACGACCAUAUACCACAAAAGUGUUUACCAAAAGAUUUUGGAGGGGAUCUUGCUAUGGUGGAAGAUCUUCACGAGGCACAUACCUUGAAAUUGCUGGAAUUGCGAGAUUAUUUUCUUGAAGAGGAAAGACUGUUCCGUGGAGGAUGCAGUGCCGGUGACUCUAAAAUAUCCUCGUCUAGCUCUGCACUUUCUGAAGAUCUUCGUUCCUCAUCAAAAUCCAAGGAUGGAUGCACUGCUUCCGCUCCAGACACCUGACCUCUCAUCAGCGAGCCAAAAGCCUGUAUUACAAUACGUAUGUGUAUGUGCAUUAACCACACGAUAUCAUGUUGUAAUUCAGUCAUUUACGUCCUCAAGAAUAAAAUAUUCAUUCAUAGUGA